AUGGGCGCCUAUCUCUAUGGGCGCCUAUCUCUAGGGGCGCCUAUCUCUAUGGGCGUCUAUCUCAAGGGGCGCCUAUCUCUAGGGGCGCCUAUCUCUACGGGCUCCUAUCUCUAUGGGCGCCUCUCUUUAGGGGCGCCAAUCUCUAGAGGGGCGCCUAUCUCUAGGGGCGCAUAUCUCUAUGGGCGCCUAUCUCUAGGGGCGCCUAUCUCUAUGGGCGCCUAUCUCUAUGGGCGUCUAUCUCUAUGGGCGCCUACCUCUAUGGGCGCCUAUCUCUUUGGGCGCCUAUCUCUAUGGGCGCCUAUCUCUAUGGGCGCCUAUCUCUAUGGGCGCCUAUCUCUAUGGGCGCCUAUCUCUACGGGCGCCUAUCUCUAUGGGCGCCUAUCUCUAUGGGCGCCUAUCUCUAUGGGCGCCUAUCUCUAUGGGCGCCUAUCUCUAUGGGCACCUAUCUCUAUGGGCGCCUUUCUCUAUGGGCGCCUAUCUCUAUGGGCGCCUAUCUCUAUGGGCGCCUAUCUCUAUGGGCGCCUAUCUCUAGGGGCGCCUAUCUCUAUGGGCGCCUUUCUCUAUGGGCGCCUAUCUCUAUGGGCGCCUACCUCUAUGGGCGCCUAUCGCUUUGGGCGCCUAUCUCUAUGGGCGCCUAUCUCUAUGGGCGCCUAUCUCUAUGGGCGCCUAUCUCUAUGGGCGCCUACCUCUAUAAGCGCCUAUCGCUUUGGGCGCCUAUCCUCUAUGGGCGCCUAUCUCUAUGGGCGCCUAUCUCUAUGGGUGCCUAUCUCUAUGGGCACCUAUCUCUAUGGGCGCCUAUCUCUAUGGGCGCCUAUCUCUAUGGGCGCCUAUCUCUAUGGGCGCCUAUCUCUAUGGGCGCCUAUCUCUAUGGGCGCCUCUCUCUAUGGGCGCCUAUCUCUAUGGGCGCCUAUCUCUAUGGGCGCCUAUCUCUAUGGGCGCCUAUCUCUAUGGGCGCCUAUCUCUAUGGGCGCCUCUCUCUAUGGGCGCCUAUCUCUAGGGGUGCCUAUCUCUAUGGGCGCCUAUCUCUAG